GGAAGCACUGAGGAUCCCUUGAGCUCUGGCAGACUGUAGAUUGCCCUACUCUUCUGAGCCAGGUCAGUGUGGUAGUGGUCUGAGAGGGGCUGCCUACAAACACUACAGCCUUCUGAUCUGGGCCCUUCUCCAACUUCCAGGUAAAGUUGACUAAGUCCUUGUUAUUGGGUUUUGUUUUGGGUUUCUGUUUUGUUUUUCCUCCAAGACAGUUUUUCGCUGCAGCUCUGCAUUUCCUGGAACUCACUCCAUAGAGCAGGCUGGCCUUGAACUCAGAGGUCCACCUGCCUCUGCCUCCCUAGUGUGCCACCACCAUCUGGUUUGUUAGUUUUUUUAGGGUGCUAAAAAUGGAUGGAACCCAGAACCCCAAGCUGCUAGGCAAGUGUUCUGACACUGAACUAAAUCCCCAGCCCUCAACAACUCAGUCUUGUCUCAGAUGUCAUUUAGCACCAUGGAUAGAUAGCAGGAUAUUUGAAUGAUAUCUAGUAGGUAACCUGUCCUCUAUAACCAUGGCUGGACGCCACAGAGAUUGGGUCCAGUUCUGGUUAUAUGGAGCCUUGUCCCUGUUGUUUCAUGGAGUAAGGAGACUGUAGCUCAGAAUCCACUCUGCAGCUGGCCACAUGAGGUGAAAGCAUUUACGGGGCACUGGGAAACUGACAUGGACCUAACCCUAGUCUGUCACCAGGCACAGCUUAGUGCCCCCACUGGAGGGGCACCCAUUAAAAGAAUCUUGUUCUUGGGCUGGGGGGUGCAACUCCAUCGGUACAGUGCCUCCCUAGCAUGCACAGGCCCUAGAUUUGACCCCAGAACAACAUAAAGUGGAUAUGGGGCUUAUGCCUUUUAUUCCAGGACUUGGGAGGUAGAGGCAGAAGGAUCAGAAGUUCAAGGUUGCUUCUAGGAAUGCAUGAAAUUGUGCUUUAAGAAAAGAAAAAAGAAAUGGGGGGGUGUUUUUUAACCCAUUACUUGGUAAUCACUUAAAGGCAAAUAGGCAACAGGACUGAAAGUAGGCAUUUUUAGACAGAAUAGCUGUUCAAAGAAGAGUCCUGCCCAAGCUCACAGGGUGGGAAGAGAACCCAGCUACGCACAUGUCUCUAGGCCACUCCUGAGCUUGCUUCCUUCCCUCUAAUACUCUACCCUAGACAGCCUUCUGGGAAAGAGAAAUGUCAGCAGACUGUAUUCUGAAGAAACCUCAGUCUAUGAUCCCCAGGUGGGACUAUGCUGAGGCUUCAGGCUAGGAGGGGCCUGAAAGCUGAUAUCUAAGAAGGUGUGGCUCUAAAACACCCUCAAAUAAAAGCCUGGAGAGCCAGCACCAGUUUGGAGACCCAGCAGGAGGCACUGGGAGUCUACAGCCAUCUGUUUCUGCUGGACUGAUGCCCAUGGCAGCACGUGUCCUGCUCCUCUGCCUGCUGGUUCUGGCAGUCAUUGAAGGACAUUGCUGGGAGGCAGCCAUCCCGGGCUGCCACUUGCACCCCUUCAAUGUGACAGUGCGAAGCGACCGCCAUGGCACCUGCCAGGGCUCCCAUGUAGCACAGGCCUGUGUAGGACAUUGUGAGUCUAGUGCCUUCCCUUCCCGGUACUCUGUGCUGGUGGCCAGUGGCUAUCGGCACAACAUCACAUCUGUCUCUCAGUGCUGUACCAUUAGCAGUCUAAAAAAGGUGAAGGUAUGGCUGAACUGCGUGGGGAACCAGCGGGGGGAGCUUGAGAUCUUCACUGCCAGAGCUUGCCAGUGUGACAUGUGCCGUCUCUCCCGCUACUAGUCCCUGCCUGAAUGGCUCAGGCCCGGAUCCUGUCACUGAUAUGCUAUGGGAUCUCUCAAAUGAGGGGGCUACUUCAGCUCUGACCCUCUUUAGAGUCAGUGAAGAUGGGGUUUCGUCUCCUUUUGCCUGGCCUUCUAAGUGGUCUCUUUGCUACACUGUCCUUCACUCCUGUCCUCAAUAAAGCAAGCAAUGCUU